AUGGCUGCACCAGUGACUUUAAACUCUUCCUCGAAGGGUCGAGUAUCGGGGAAAAAUUGGAAAGCACCCAAAACAGCCGCAAGACGCACUCAGUUAGCAGAAUCGUUAAGAACUACCUGGGAGGAAAAAAUGCGUAGGAAAACAGAGGCUCAAGCCGUUAAGCAACUGGAGAGGGAAAUGAAGGCGGAGAAAGAAGCGGAGAAGGCAGCUCAUGUGGAGAAGAUAAAGGACAGGAGAAGGGCUAAGGCGGAGAAGGAGAGGUUGGAGAGAAUGAGGGCAAACAUGAGCCAAAAGAAGCUAGACAGAAAACGGAGAAAAGAAGGGAGAACGAAGAAAAUCAAUGGCUGA